CUCCGACGGUGGACAUCUGUCGACGAGAACAGUAACAUAAGCUUGCAUCUAUGAGUCUCGCAUUCUUGCACGCGCAUGACGGUGCUGAAGCACACAAGGACUCAGUAUGGGGCAUAAAAUGGACCGCAAAAGACGAGGUUGUAUCCAUCUCCGCCGACGGCACCAUCAGGAAAUGGAACUCGACCUCGGGUCAGGUUUCCCUUAGCCAACCUGCCCACCCCCUGGCUAUUGUCUCCGUGGACGUCAACGUCGGGGGAGAUUACGCAUUGUACAACACUCUAGAAGGCCUAACAUGCCUAUGGAACUUGGACAACGGGGAGCUAGUGGGGAAACACGAGAGCUAUGUCCGCGAUCCGAAGGAGGCGACCGAGCCAGCCUGGUCUGUUUCCAUAAACCCCACAGGAGAAACCUACGCCGCUACAGGCGGCACGGGCAAUGUCACAAUACACUCUGCCGACCCUCAAUCUUUCGGCGAACGUCGUGCCGUGCUUCCCAGCGGUCGCAAUAAAUUUGGUAUGUUCUGCAAACAUAGCCCUGAUGGGAGCAGAGUAGCGAUGUCUUCGGAAGCCGGUCAGAUCUACGUUUUCGACCUCGCUUCCGAAAGGUUGCUUGCCACAUACGUCUCCCACGCAAUGGCGGUACGCUCGCUCGCCUGGUCAUCAGAUUCCCAGCUACUAGUGUCGGCGUCUGAAGACAAACGCCUCACACUGCACGACGUGCGCUAUACGCCAUCUGGAAAGCCAGGCUCCGGCGCCGUUGCCACGUUGACCGGACAUUCAUCUUGGGUGCUCAGCACUGAACUCUCUCCGGACGGCAGGCUUGCGCUCUCGGGGUCCGCCGACAAGACCAUCAAAGUAUGGGACCUCGGCGCCCGUGCUGCGGUCUCUACCAUACAAGACACCGGUGAGGUGUGGGGCGUCUCGUGGAGGCUCAAGCCGCCCCAGCAUGGUUCACCCGGAGAGUUUGUUAGCGGUGGAGAAGACGGCAUCGUGAGGUGGUGGAGGGGCGCCGGCACUGGUUAGAAAAUAGAAUUACCCUGUUGUCCACUUGUAAGGUACGGAUGCGUCUCGUCG